AUGCCACAGACACGGCAGCAAGCCGAAGCGGAGCAGCCACUACCACAGCAAGAACCGCCCAUGGACACUCUGCAGCUCAUCAAGUUCCUCGAAGACAGGCGGCGCGAAGACGAGGACAGGCGGCGCCAAGACGAGGACAGGCGGCGCCAAGACGAGGACAGGCGACGGGCAGAGGAGGCGGAACGACGUCGAGUUGAAGAUGCACAGCGAAGGGAAGAAUUUCGUGAGCUUCUGACCGCCCUCACGGGCCAGCAGCUGUCGUCGACACAGCCUUCGGAGCGAGACACUCCGCCCCGCCCCGCCCAGCCAACCAAGGCCGUUAUACAUCCUCCGCCACCCUUACUCUCAGACGUUAACUUUCAGGCGUUUCGGGAGUGGCACAGGAAAUGGACGGAUUACGCAACCAUGAUCGACCUGUCAACUCUCUCCCCACCGAAGCAGCAUAUCCAGCUACGGAUGUGUCUCUCCUCGGAUGUGCUGCAUACACUGGAAUACCGCCUCCAAGUCCCUUGCGACAACACCAAGCCCGUCACUGAGGUGUUGGACGCCCUAGAAGCCCACAUCAAGAGCAAGACGAACGAGGCCAUACGUCGCAGGGACCUGUUCAGCUGCAAGCAGGCGGCGGGAGAGACAUUUGACGACUUCUAUGUCCGCGUCAAGAGCCUCGCUGAAGCCGUGGACAUAUGCAAGUCAGGCGACAACGGAUGCGAGGAGACUCAGUUAAAACAAGUACUGCUAAUGGGUGUGCGCGAUACGGAGUUAGUUCAAGAACUCAUCGGCACCAUCCCUACGCACUCCCUUGACGACGUGGUGAAGCAGUGCUACGCAUUUGAGGCAGCCAGAAAUACGGCGUCUGCUAUAGCUUCACCCUCACCUGCUGUACGCGCAACGUCUCAGUACAAGCGAGACAAGAAGCUGAAGCAGAGGAAGGCAAGGUCACCUACGCCUACCAAGGAAGCCUGCCACAGUUGCAACAAGUCUCAUGUCAAAGGAAAAUGCCCAGCUGCGGACUCAAUGUGCCACAAUUGCGGUAAGAAAGGGCAUUGGGCACGCACAUCGCGGUGCCCAGCCAAGAACGCUUCCUGUGGCAAAUGCGGAAUCACGGGGCAUUACGACCAGCAUUGCCGGAAAUCCAAAGCAUCAGGGAGUGAGAAGACGAAGGAGAGGCGAGAGCAAGGAUCUACGGAGUCGAACAACCGCAGCAGUGUGAGGCGCGUUCACUCCACAUCUCGUGCCCCGCCCAUGCCCCCUCCUACCAUCUCUGUCACUGUCACCCACCACAAAGGAUCGGGCGUUCUGUCCAUGCUGCCGGACACGGGCGCCGAUGUGACAGUAAUCGGACCCGAGCAUCUUCGAAGCCUCGGAUUGUCCAUCAGUGACCUUCAGCCAUCACCCACCGACCCAAAGUACACAGCCGACGGGUCGCCCAUGGCGCCUGCCCUUGGCUCGUUGCAAGUGGAGAUCAGUGUGAAGCAGAAGACGACGACCGUGUGGAUGGACGUACACGAGGGCACACCGAACCCACUUCUGUCAUGCCACGCCUGCCGGGAGCUAGCACUGAUUCCUGAACGCUUCCCGCAGCCAAUCGCCAAGGUCACGCAUGCGAACGUGUGCACGUCCAACGGAGCACAGAGCACACUACCACUUCCCUUCACUAACGUCACAUCGCCUGCAGAAGCCAGGGCGUAUUUUGUGAAGGAAUACAGUGACGUGCUGGUGUCCAAGGCAGACCUUCACGGCUCACAACUUCGACCGAUGACAGGGCCGCCGAUGAGAAUCCAUCUCCGGGAGGACGCGACGCCGUUUGCCAUCCACACGCCUCGGCAGAUCCCGCUGGCCUUCCGUGAAACGGUGAAGACUGAACUGGAGUCAAUGGUAGCACGGGGAAUCAUCACCCCUACAGGAGACGAACCUUCACCCUGGUGCCAUCCACUCGUUGCAGUAGCUAAGCCCAGCGGAGGUGUGCGCAUAACCACGGACUUGUCGAAACUCAACAGUCAAGUUUCACGUCCCGCACACCCGUCGCCCACACCCUUUGCAGCCGUUCGGAGCAUCGACCCUAAGGCCAGGUACUUCACCACCAUCGAUGCGCUCUGCGGAUAUUGGCAGCUUGAGCUGGCUGAACAAGACCAGCCACUCACAACAUUUAUCACACCCUACGGCCGGUACAAGUACCUACGCGGACCUAUGGGGUUUGCUGCUACAGGCGACGCCUUUUGCCUCCGUGGAGACAUGGCACUGCAAGGAGUCCCAAACUGCGUCAAGGUAGUGGACGACGUGCUGGUAUACGGUGAGGAUUAUCUACAACAUCUUCACCAUGUCAACACCGUCCUCGCCAGGUGCCGAGCAAGUGGCAUUACGCUCAAUGCUGAGAAGUUCAUCUUAGCAGCGCCUGCGGUGAAGUUCUGUGGCUUCGUACUGUCCGCCAACGGAAUCGACGCAGACCCUGAGAAAGUACGGGCCAUCACAGACUUCCCUACACCAGCCAACAUUACUGACCUGAGGUCAUUUAUGGGUCUUGUCAACCAGCUGACUGAGUUUACUCCAGAGAUCUCCGCAGCGGCCCAACCUCUACGGCCUCUCAUGAGCCCGCGACGUGCAUUCGUGUGGACUGUCGACCACGAGGAAGCCUUCCAGAGGGUCAAGGCAGCCUUAUCGACCCCACCACAGUUGGCAAUGUUCGACCCCCAGCUACCCACCACUCUGCAGACCGACGCCUCACGGAUGAAUGGCAUCGGGUACGCUCUGCUGCAGGAUCACGGAGGAGGCAAGUUCCGGCUCAUUCAGUGCGGCUCUCGCUUCCUUACUGACGCGGAGACCCGCUACGCCACGAUCGAGCUCGAGAUGUUGGCAGCAGUCUGGGCAAUGCAGAAGUGCAGCUUCUAUCUGAAAGGGCUGCACCACUUCGAACAUGUGACCAACCACCGCCCGCUCAUACCAAUUCUGAACAACUACACCCUUGACGCUGUUGAAAAUCCUCGACUCCAGCGUCUCAAGGAGAAGCUGUCGCCGUACAUCUUCACAGCACGGUGGCGUGCGGGAAAGACUCUAUGUAUCGCCGAUGCACUCUCCCGUCAUCCAGUCAGCCACCCCAGCAGCGACGACGACAUGCUCUCCGACAUCUCUGUCAAGGCCGCGGUUACGCUCCGAGCUAUCCAGACACUCGCCGAGCCCAACACACAGGCCACGACAGACGACAGGAGGAUGGAAGAACUGCAGCAGGCCGCACGUGACGACGAGGCGUACACCAGGCUGCUCGACUGCGUACGAAAUGGGUUCCCAAGCCAUCGGUACGAUCUCCAUCCCUCACUCCUGCCGUAUUGGAAACUACGCGACGAGCUGUACUGCGACGGUGACCUUGUGCUCUAUGGCCCGCGCGUCGUGGUCCCCGCCACCCUGCGCCGCUCCGUGUUGGCCCGCUUGCACGACAGUCACCGUGGAGCCGAAGCCACCAAACGCCGGGCGCAGCAGACGGUGUUCUGGCCCGGAAUAAAUUCAGACAUUACCAACGUCGUCCGCGCCUGUGAUGCCUGCCAGACGAUGUUGCCGAGCCAGCAGAAGGAGCCCUACCUCAACGAUGACCGCCCCACACGCCCAUUCGAGUCCGUGUCGGCAGACCACUUCACCGUGGCUGGAAAGGCGUUCCUUGUCAUCGCAGACCGUCUGUCGGGUUGGCCUGCUGUCGCCCCCUGUGGCAGGGAUACUACAGCCGCCGCCACCAUCCGCCAGUUCCGGUGCUAUUUCCGGGAUGUGGGAGUCCCCGUGCGUUUACGUACCGACGGAGGACCCCAGUUCACCAGUCGGGAAUUCACCGAGUUCCUGGCGCGUUGGGGAGUGAAGCACGUGGUAACGUCACCCUAUCACCCGCAGUCAAACGGACACGCUGAGGCAGCCGUGAAGUCAAUCAAGCACCUCAUCACGAAAGUCGCUCCUUCAGGCAACAUCGACUGCGAGCCGUUCGACAGGGGUUUGCUCGAAAUACGCAACACCCCGAAUCACACUGGACGCUCCCCAGCCCAGAUUUUGUACGGCCGUCCCCUCCGCACGUGCGUGCCAGCCCACCCCGAGUCAUUCAAGCAGGAGUGGCAGGCCAAGUCGGAGGAGUGCGACCGCCGUGCAGCACAGCGAGCAGAGGACACCACGUCUCGCUACAACCAGCACGCCCGCCCCCUGCCUGCCCUGCAGAUCUCGCAGCAGGUCCGCAUUCAGGACCACACGUCCAAACGUUGGGACAAGGUGGGCAAGGUGAUGGGCCGUGACAGGUCACGGCAGUACCAGAUCCUGCUACCGAGCGGCCGUAUUCUGUGGCGGAACCGGCGCCACCUCCGCCCAGCUGUCAUCGCCGCCGAGGACCUCACACCUGCCGUCGAAGACCACCCAGAAGCACCUACUCCUCGCCGCUCCCGCCGCCUGAACAAGGAUGAGGCAAUACCAGCAGACGAGGGAGACGUAGCUCAAGACAGAACUAUGAGCUAA